UUAUUCAUACAUGUAAUUAUAAAAUCCUCGUUUUAUUUCAACGUGGACGGGCACUCGAGCUGGAAUAUGGGAAGAUCCAUUUUGUGCCUGCUACUCGCAGUCUUUGAGGCUAUACUCAACCCGGCAAUGUCGUUGACGUGCUUACAGUGCAGCAAUAUCCCACGACCUUUACAUUGUAGAACAGUUGUUGACUGCUACGAAGGAGAGAUGUGUGGCAUUGAAAAAGUCAAAAACAAUUUUGGAGAGGAUGUAUACAACGUUGGUUGCAUGUCAAAAUCGAAGUGUUCACAGUCCAACGGGACAAGAGACUGUACGGAGUGUUGCUCAUCUAACCUCUGUAAUGUGAAAGGUUGUGGGGAACAAGGAUACCCUAAAACGCGAGGUCCCAUAUGUUACAACUGUAAAGUAUAUACAGAUUCUGCGAAAUGUCAUAACAUAGAAUUCUGCGAAGCAGGGGAACUGUGUAUGUUCAAUGCAAGAAGAGAAUUCAGUGAGACUGUAUAUACCAGUGCCUGUGCAAAUGUUCAUAAUUGCGAACAAGAAAAUUUGGAAAUUAUCGGACGAGACCUUGAAAAUCGUAAUGGUGAUUACUCUCGAUCUGUCAAGGAGCAUGUGUGCCAUCAUUGCUGCAAGCAGGACUUAUGUAACAGAAAUUGUAUGGGGACUAUAAGUGCAACAGGUGCACAUGAUUGCAAGGACGUAUUAAAGCAAAUUCCCAACGCAAGAAGCGGGAUAUAUGAUGUUACCUUAUGGAGGACAGACAGGAAAAUAACAGUUCUCUGUGACAUGGAUACUGAUGGAGGGGGUUGGACGGUAUUUCAGAGGCGUGUAAAUGGUAGUGUUGAUUUUAACAGAAACUUUUCCGAAUAUGAAAAUGGAUUUGGAAGUCUUAACGGGGAAUUUUGGCUAGGACUGAACAAAAUUCAGGAAUUUACUGGAAGAGGGGUAUCAGAAUUAAGACUUGAUCUAGUAGCAGCAAACGGAACACAUGCGUAUGAACUCUUCCAAAAUUUUAGUCUAGGAAUAGCACCAAGUUACAAACUUCAUUUCGAGCGAGGCACUGGCACAGCAGGAGAUGCACAGGGUCUUUCAUAUAGCAGAGGCUACAACUUUAUCACACCUGAAAAAGAUAACAGUUUUGGUUGUGCAAAGAAAAGCCAAAGCGGAUGGUGGUUUUACGGAUGUUUGUAUACUAAUCUUAAUGCAGAAUAUCUUACACCUGGUUCCAAUGCUGCUCGCGACGCUGGAUUUGAAUAUUUUGAUUUUACAAAUGGGGAAUCUCUACGGGAAUCAAAAAUGAUGCUGAGAAUGAAACAUUCAUGAAAAUAAAAGUGAAUAAAUUCAUCUUAUGUUUAAA